UAAUUAAAAACAGUUUACAUUCAAUAUAAAUGAUUUAAAAUUGUUUGACUCAUUAUCAUGGAGGAAGUUGAUAGUAUUAUUAUCCAUACUUUAAAGCAAAUUGGAUGUGAUAUUCCAUCUGAGAUUGUUUCUAUUCGUGAACUUUCUGUUGAACUUGUAAUACAAGCGUCUGUGAAAUGUCUUCAAGCAAUUAACAGCCAGUGCAACAUUUCUUCAGUUUUUCCAGAAAAUAUGUCUGCUAGAUUUCGAAUUGGGACAAGUAUUGCAACAGCUUGUCAGGAACUUGGUUAUCAUGGAGAACUUGGAUAUCAAACAUUUUUAUAUGCUAAUGAACAAGAAUUUCGAAAAGUAAUACUAUUUCUUAUUGAAAAAUUGCCUAAAGAUACAGCAGAAACAGUUAGUGAACCAAUUGGUCGAAGCACUCUUCUGAACCAUUCUAUUGCUGCUGAAUUAAAAAGACAACUUAGUGUGCCAUGGUUACCUUCAUACUGUAGAAAGAACAAUCUUGUAAACGUUGGUGAUGCGUAUUGGUUUUUCCAGGGAAAUAGUUCUUUUCAUCCUUUACAUACAGAAAAGUUAUCCUAUCCAUUUGGACUGACAAAAUUACUUAGUAAAGGACAGAAAGCUUGUUUUUCUAAUAUGAAGUUUGUCACAUCACAAACAAAAGAUUUUCGAAACAAUUUUGCUUCAUUGAUUGAUGAUAAUACCAAAAUGUUUGAAAAAGAAAAGGAAUGUGAAAAUGAAUGGCAUCAGAUUGACAUGUCUGCAAAAAUUUCCAAAGACGAGCAUUUACAAAAAAAGAAAGAACGCUUAUUGAAAAAAAUCAAACAAAGCUUUUGUACUCAAUUGAAUGUUACUGCUAACAAGAAUACAAAUAAAAAUGCAGAUAUUCUAAAAGAAGUUUUAGAUACAUUGCCAGGAGCUGAAAAAAAAAGCAUAAUCAAAGGUUCACGAUUUACUCAUGCUGAAAAGUUGCAUUUUACAAAGGAGGAGAAAAAUUUAGUUGAGUUAACACAGAGGAAACAAGAAUUAAAGGAUGAAGUUUCUGAAGAGGAAAAACAGCAGAAGCAAGCUUCAGAGCUACAAAUGUUGCAAAAUGAGCUAAACAGAUUGGUUUUAAAAUUUCAAGAUGAUCAACUAGAAAUCAGGCAAAUGACUGCGCAAAAUAACCAGAUCCUUGAUAAUACAGCAAUUCUAGAAGAAGAAAGUAAAAUACAAGAGACAGAAUAUAGAAUAAAAAAAAAUACUAUAGACUUGUUGCCUGAUGCUAAAACUAACAUAAGCAAACUAGAGCAAUUAGUUGAAAACAGUUCACAGAGAUUGAUAAAUUUAAAUGAACAAUGGGAAAAACAUCGUGUACGACUUUUAGAAAACUAUCGGAAUCUCAAGACUAAACAGAAAACUCGAGCUUCUGAAAUGGAAACAAAAAUCAAUAAAAUACAAGUACUUCGAGAGAAAAUUAAGCUUAUUUCUCAAGAAACACGAGAUAAAGAGGAACUUCUUAAACACUUUAUUUCUGAAUAUGAAAGAUUACCCAAAGAUGUUAAUCGAUCUGUUUACACAAAGCGUAUCCUGGAAAUUGUUGCUAAUAUCAAAAAGCAGAAAUUGCAGAUUUCUAAUGUUUUAAUUGAUACCAGAUCACUGCAGAAAGAUAUUAAUUUUUUGAGUGGUAAUCUUGAUCGAACAUUUACUGUAACUGACGAACUUGUAUUUAAAAAUGCUACAAAAGAUGAGUUCAGUAAAAAAUCAUACAAAUUACUAGCUGCAAUACAUGAAAACUUUGCGAAUUUAAUAAAAACAGUGGAAGAAACUGGCACUGUUUUGAGAGAGAUUAGGGAUUUAGAAGAACAAAUAGAUAAGUUCAAUGAUAACGAAAUAGAGGAAAAUCUCCAAAAGUUACGUAAUGAUCUAAGUCAAAUGAAGAAAGAAAACGAUGAAAUGAUAGCUAAAUUAAAAGUAAUUAAAUAAACUGAUAAUUAUAGAAUAUAAAGUAAAUUAAAUUUCGAUUA